AUGGCCGAUAGCCCAGUGGUGAGAUUGCUCAAGCAGUUGAUGGACAUUCCGUCCAUCAGCGAGGAUGAAGAGAAAGUUGGGCGCUUCAUUGCCAAUUACCUUGAAGAUCUCGGUUGGACGGUGGAAUUAGUACCCAUUGCGCCCGGAUCGAAUCGGUACAAUGUCUACGCAUAUUUGGGCCACGACCGAAAAGCUCGAACUUGUCUAACAUCACACAUGGACACAGUUCCGCCACAUAUUGACUUCCACAUACAAGGAGAUAUCAUCUAUGGCCGAGGGGCUUGUGAUGAUAAAGGACCAUUGGCAGCACAGAUUGUUGCCGUGGAGGAACUCCGCGCCGAGGGCAAGCUGUCCAAUGGCGACACGUCGUUGUUGUUCGUAGUCGGCGAAGAGAAGGGAGGACCAGGGAUGUUGGCGGCGAACGACAUGAACUUGAAGUGGGAAGCCAUUCUCUUUGGCGAGCCGACGGAGGGGAAACUAGCAGUCGGCCACAAGGGACAUUACGUCUUUGAGCUAUUCGUGGACGGUGUUGCUUGUCACUCGGGAUAUCCUGACAAGGGAUGCAGUGCAAAUUCGACAUUAGUAGCUUUGCUGCAAGAACUCAAGUCCAUCGACUACCCUGUCUCGGAACUGCUGGGACCUUCGACUUUCAACUGUGGCAAAGUCAGCGGUGGCGUCGCGUACAAUGUUCUUGCAGCUGAUGCCUAUGCGCUGUGUGGUGUCCGAGUUGCAGCAGACUUAGCAGCCAUCGAGACAAAGGUGGCUGCUGUUGUCGACAAGUACCCCCAUGUGACCCUGAAGAAGAACUUUGCAUACCCCGAGACUUAUCUGGACUAUGAGGUAGAAGGACUGGACUCGAUGCCUGUAUCAUUCGGGACCGAUAUCCCUCGUCUGAAAGGCAAUCACAAGAGGUAUCUUUAUGGCCCAGGCAGUAUCCUGCAUGCACAUGGAGAAAAUGAGCAGGUGGCGAUUCCAGAUUUGAUUGAGUGUGUGGCCGUGUAUAAGAAACUCCUGAUGAUGGCACUAGACCCCUAA